UUUACGCAUCUUACGUGCUGACGUAUGCGGAAGCGACGGUUGGUAAAGAGGGACUCGGGUCUUGUUGGUUGAGCCGAACAACGUUCUGCCUGCAGAAUUGGGUUUUACCGGUAUAAACACGACGGGGCGGCGGUGGAUAAUAGCGGGGCCCAGUGGGUGAGCAUAGUACAAUGAACGACGCUAAAAAAGGGGACGGAAUGACAGCGGACGGCCACAAUCAGCGUGACAAUGGUACCGGCGACGAGCUGGUGAGCUCAGUGACGCUGUAUAGGAGAAGGCCGCGGCUCUUUCACGGCACCGUCCUCCCGUUCCUGGCUGUUCUCUACCCGGGCUGGCUGUACGUGUGGCUGGGGAUGUACGGUGCCUCGGAGUAUCCGGAGGCAGGCCUCCUUGCUCUCGCUGCCAUCGGAAUCGCGCACGUCCUCACGGCGCUGUCCGGGUAUUGGUCCGUGCACGCUCACUGUUGGCUCACUUGUUCUAAGGAAGGGGACCCAAACAAGGCUACUCUGGCGAAGGUUGUACCCACCCCGAAUAACGGUUCAGCUGAGCUUGUGACGCUACAAAGGGACCAGGACGAACUCGGAGACACUAUUCUGUCAUUUGAGUUUCAGAAAAUCCGCUACAAUUUCGAUCACAAAGAAAAGAAAUGCUUUUACCCCAACGUGUUCCCCGUCAACCACGCGAUGGGAUACUUCCAGUCAUGGCGCGGCUACCAGGAGGAAGCCGACCUCCGAGCCGCUGAGAAGCGUUACGGCACUAAUCAUGCGGAGAUGGUGGUUCCUGAUUUCUUGGAACUUUUUAGAGAAAGGGCUACUGCACCGUUUUUUGUCUUUCAGGUAUUCUGUGUGGGUUUAUGGUGUUUGGACGAGUACUGGUACUACAGCGUUUUCACGCUUUUCAUGCUGGUGGCUUUCGAAGCUUCCUUGGUCCAACAACAAAUGAGGAACAUGUCCGAGAUCCGCCGCAUGGGGAACAAGCCCUACAUGAUCCAGGUUUACAGAAACCGUAAGUGGAGACCCAUCUCCAGCGAUGAACUCAUCCCAGGAGACCUUGUCUCCAUUGGGCGCUCCCCACAGGACAACCUGGUGCCGUGCGAUGUACUUCUACUGCGCGGUCGGUGCAUCGUGGAUGAGGCUAUGCUGACUGGAGAGUCUGUGCCUCAGAUGAAGGAGCCAGUGGAGGACUUGGACCCCGAACAAAUCCUUGACCUUCAAACCGACUCCCGGCUCCACAUCAUUUCCGGUGGUACCAAAGUGGUUCAGCAUAGCCCGCCGAUGAAAGCCAGUCCUGGACUCAAGCCUGUAGACAAUGGCUGUGUGGCCUACGUACUGAGAACAGGGUUCUACACCUCUCAGGGUAAACUUUUGCGCACCAUCCUCUUUGGCGUGAAGAGAGUCACGGCGAACAACCUGGAGACGUUCAUCUUCAUCCUCUUCCUCCUGGUGUUCGCCAUUGCAGCCGCUGCCUACGUGUGGGUGGAAGGGACGAAGGACCUGAGCAGGAACCGCUACAAGCUCUUCCUCGAGUGCACCUUAAUUCUCACAUCGGUGGUUCCGCCGGAACUCCCCAUUGAACUAUCUUUGGCUGUCAACACAUCCCUGAUUGCUCUGGCAAAACUAUAUGUGUUCUGCACCGAGCCCUUCAGGAUUCCAUUCGCCGGGAAAGUGGAGGUCUGCUGUUUUGACAAAACGGGAACAUUGACGAGCGACAGUCUGGUGGUGCGAGGUGUCGCGGGCCUAAGGGACGGAAAAGAGGUUAUGCCCGUAUCGGAUAUACCGGUCGAGACGCAUCGGGUUGUGGCGACUUGCCACUCGUUGGUCACUCUGGAUGAUGGACAGCUGGUUGGAGAUCCACUGGAGAAGGCUAUGCUAACCGCUGCUGAUUGGACACUCACUAAAGAUGAAAAAGUUUUCCCACGUAGCAUCAAGACCCAAGGCCUCAAGAUUCAUCAUCGCUUCCACUUUGCCAGCGCUCUCAAGCGGAUGUCAGUUCUGGCCUCCUAUGAAAAGCAGGGAUCCACGGAGCUUUCCUACAUCUCCACUGUAAAAGGCGCUCCAGAGACGCUCAAAGCGAUGUUUUCAGAACAUCCUCAGAGUUACGAUAAAGUGCACAAGGAAAUCUCCCGGGAAGGAGCGAGAGUGCUCGCUUUGGGUUACAAAGAGAUGGGGCAUCUCAGCCAUCAGCAGGUUCGCGAGAUGAGCCGCAGUUCCCUAGAAUGUAACUUGAACUUUGCCGGCUUCAUGGUGGUGACGUGCCCCCUUAAAAGUGACAGUAAGGCGGUUAUCCGGGAGAUCCAGGAAGCGUCUCAUCAUGUGGUGAUGAUCACAGGGGACAACCCUUUAACGGCGUGCCAUGUGGCCAGGGAACUACACUUCCUCCAAAAGGAGCAAACGCUUAUACUGCAAUCAGUUCAGGGCGGAUGGCAGUGGGAGUCCAUCAACGGUACCGUGCAAGAACCCCUUCCUCCUGCCUCGGUCUCUUCAUUUGUGCGCCGGUAUGAUCUGUGUGUCACCGGGGAGGGGUUGGCGAGACUCUGCUGUGACCCUCGGCUACUGCACGCCCUCUUGCCUCACAUCCGAGUGUUUGCACGGGUCAGCCCAAAACAGAAGGAAUUUGUUAUCACUAGUUUCAAGGGGCUGGGCUACGUAACAUUGAUGUGUGGCGACGGUACCAAUGAUGUCGGAGCGCUCAAACACGCCCACGUAGGUGUUGCCCUAUUAGCCAACGCCCCUGAGCGCAUGCCUGAAAAAAAGAAACGAAGCCGAGAGAAGGAGGCGCCUGCUGUCGAAUCCAGGCCUCUGCCGCCGGUCAAUUCCGGAGGCAAGCCGAGCUCCAGAGGGGCCAGACAGAGGAUGAUGGCUCAAAGAGAGGAACAGCUGGCAGCACAAAAGGAAAGAAUAAGUCAAGUCUUGCGGGAACUCGAAGACGAUCAGGUACAAAUCGUCAAACUGGGUGACGCAUCCAUCGCCGCGCCCUUCACCUCCAAACUCUCCUCCAUUCAGUGCAUAUGUCAUGUCAUAAAGCAGGGUCGUUGCACUCUGGUAACGACACUGCAGAUGUUUAAAAUCCUCGCUCUCAACGCGCUUGUGCUCGCCUACAGCCAGUCUGUGCUUUACCUAGAGGGGGUCAAGUUCAGUGAUUUCCAGGCAACCCUGCAGGGUCUGCUAUUGGCCGGAUGCUUCCUCUUCAUCUCCAGGUCUAAGCCACUGAAAACAUUGUCGCGGGAGCGGCCCUUACCGAACAUCUUCAAUCUUUACACUGUGUUGACGGUGCUGCUGCAGUUCGCGGUCCACUUUUGUAGUCUGGUCUUUCUUUACAAAGAAGCGCAGAGCAGAAGUCCACCGAGAGAGGAUCAGUUUGUGGAUCUGUAUAAAGAGUUUGAACCCAGUCUGAUCAACAGCACUGUUUAUAUUAUGUCCAUGGCUAUGCAGAUGGCCACAUUCGCCAUUAACUACAAGGGUCAUCCGUUCAUGGAGUCUCUCAGUGAGAAUAGACCACUUUUAUGGAGCAUCACACUGUCCGGUUUAGCAAUUGUUGGACUGCUCUCUGGUUCUUCACCGGAAUUCAACGAACAGUUUGCCCUCGUCGAAAUUCCGACUGAGUUUAAAAUGAUCAUCGCCCAAGUUCUGGUGGUGGACUUUGUCGCCGCCCUAUCAGUGGACCGUGUACUUCAGUUCUUGCUGGGCAGAGGAACACUGAGGCUGCCUUCUUGAACACUUGCUGGCGGCCAACAGCACCCAUGGUCCUUAUGUACUAUAAAGGGAGAGAGGGGUGGGGAGGAGAGAUUUCAGUGUGUCAUGGCACGCAGUACUGUAUACUCCCCUACUUCAAGUUCCAUUAUUGUAUUUUCCUCAGCUACAGAUUGUUUUUUUCCCCUCUUUUACUCGUGACCUCGUCCAUCCCUGCCCAUGAUCUCGCAAGGCCAUGAAGAGCAGUAUUGAGAGGAGUGCGAUACAGUGCCAGCGGAGAGACACAUUCAGACACACGAGGGGCAUUCUCCAGGAGAAUUAACAAAGGUUUUUUUGGUGAUUCUUCUUCUCGAUUUUGUAAAAAGUGAAAAGACAUCUCUAACGGACUUAUAAAGACUUAAAAAUGACAAGGUCUGUCAAGCGUUUGUUUUCCUCAAUCGUAGAUCUGUUGGGUCGGCACAUCGCCGGAGAGCGAAAUAAUCAAAUUUGAUUGAUCAGUUCUUUUACUUGAAAAAUGGAGAAGUGGCUGAACUGAAAAGGCAAAAACACGAAUGACGACAUGCAAUUACACGCAUGUACUUACUUGGAACUACGACUUUUUUUCUUGUACUAUUACUACGAGAAUAAAAGUCAUUAUUUCGUUGUGCAAAUAUACAGUGGGGCAAAUAAGUAUUUAGUCAACCACCAAUUGUGCACAAGUUCUACUUGAAAAGAUUAGAGAGGCCUGUAAUUGUCAACAUGGGUAAACCUCAACCAUGAGAGAUAAAAUGUUGGAAAAAAACAGAAAAUCACAUUGUUUGAUUUUUAAAGAAUUCAUUUCCGAAUUAGAGUGGAAAAUAAGUAUUCGGUCUCCUACGAACAAGCAAGAUUUCUGGCUGUCAAAGAGGUCUAACUUCUUCUAACGAGGUCUAACGAGGCUCCACUCGUUACCUGUAUUAAUAGGACCUGUUUUAACUCAUUAUCGGUAUAAAAGACACCUGUCCACAACUCGGUCAGUCACACUCCAAACUCCACUACUGCCUAGACAAAAGAGCUGUCGAAGGACACAAAAGACAAAAUUGUAAGACCUGCACCAGGCUGGGAAUACUGAAUCUGCAAUAGGUAAAACGCUUGGUGUAAAGAAAUCAACUGUGGGAGCAAUUAUUAGAAAAUGGAAGACAUACAAGACCACUGAUAAUCUCCCUCGAUCUGGGGCUCCAUGCAAGAUCUCACAUCGUGGCAUCAAAAUGAUAAGAGCGGUGGGCAAAAAUCCCAGAACCACACGGGGGGACCUAGUGAAUGACCUACAGAGAGCUGGGACCACAGUAACAAAGGCUACUAUCAGUAACACAAUACGCCACCAUGGACUCAAAUUCUGCACUGCCAGACGUGUCCGCCUGCUGAAGCCAAUACACGUCCAGGCCCGUCUGCGGUUCGCUAGAGAGCAUUUGGAUGAUCCAGAAGAGGACCGGGAGAAUGUGUAAGGGUCAGAUGAAAUCAAAAUAGAACUUUUUGGUAGAAACGCAGGUUCUCGUGAUUGGAGGAGAAAGAAUACUGAAUUGCAUCCGAAGAACACCUUACCCACUGUGAAGCAUGGGGGUGGAAACAUCAUGCUUUGGGGCUGUUUUUCUGCAAAGGCACCAGGACGACUGAUCUGUGUAAAGGAAAGAAUGAAUGGCGCCAUGUAUCGAGAGCUUUUGAGUGAAAAUCUCCUUCCAUCAGCAAGGGCAUUGAAGAUGAGACGUGGCUGGGUCUUUCAGCAUGACAAUGAUCCCAAACACACAGCCAGGCCAACAAAGGAGUGGCUUCGUAAGAAGCAUCUCAAGGUCCUGGAGUGGCCUAGCCAGUCUCUAGAUCUCAAUGCCAUAGAAAAUCUGUGGAGGGAGUUGAAAGUCCGUGUUGCCCAACGACAGCCCCAAAACAUCACUGCUCUAGAGGAGAUCUGCAUGGAGGAAUGGGCCAAAAUACCAGCAACAGUGUGUGAAAAGCUUGUGAAGGGUUACAGACAACUUUUGGCCUUCGUUAUUGCCAACAAAGGGUACAUAACAAAGUAUUGAGAUGAACUUUUGGUAUUGACCAAAUACUUAUUUUCCACCAUGAUUUGCAAAUAAAUUCUUUAAAAUCAAACAGUGUGAAUUUCUGUUUUUUUC